AUGAAGGCGUGGCAGUUCGCGACCCACGGGCCCAUCUCCAAAACCCUCCGGCUGGCCACCGACGUCCCCCGGCCCGACGCCGCUAGCUUGCAGCCGGGCCAGAUCCUCGUGAAGGUGGCCAGUGCCGGCCUCAACCCGGUCGACUACAAAAUGCCCGAACUCGGCCUCGCCGCCCGCGCCAUGUUCAGCUUCCCCAAAAUACCGUGCGGCGACCUCAGCGGAACGGCCGUCGCGGUCGGCGAGGGCGUGGAGGGGCUCAAAGCAGGGGACCACGUGAGCAUCCAGCCGUACGUCAAGGCCGGGGACAGGGUCUUCAUCAAUGGCGGCAGCGGCGGCACGGGCACGCAUGGGAUUCAGAUUGCGAAGCUGCUCGGCUGCCACGUCACCGUCUCAUGCUCGACGGCCAAGGUGGAAUUUUGUCGAGGGCUAGGGGCUGACGAGGUGAUUGACUACAAAAUCGAAGACGUGGUUGCGAGUCUCGUCAAGCAAAGUGGGAGCGCCGGCGCGGAGAAGUGGGAUCUCAUCGUCGACAACAUCGGCAACUCGCCCACAGACCUGUACAAGCGGUCUCACGAGGUCCUACGCGACGGCGGCGUUUAUGCUUAUGUCGGCGGGCGCGUGUCGGCGGGGAGCAUGUGGAACAUCGUGCGCGGACGGCUGCUGCCGGGAUUUCUUGGGGGCCAGAGGAGGCGGUUCGUGCUGGUCAUGGCGCAGCAGUCGACGGAGUAUGUGAGGCCGAUCGUGGACUGGAUGGCGGACGGCAAGUUGAAGACGGUGGUGGAUUCAAAGUUCGAGUUUGGCCAGGUGAAGGAGGCGUAUGAGAGGCUGAAGACGGACAGGUGUCAGGGGAAGGUGAUUGUAAAGGUGGUGGGAAGGGAGGAGUAG